AUGGGGUUGUUUGGGGUCCCAGCAACCACUCCGUCAGGGUGUCUCAGUGCUGGUGGCCUGCAGACGAUGAGAAAUCCGUCGGGAAUAUGUGGACCGAGCAUAAUUAAAAACAUAAAACUCAUUGAAAACUUUGCCAAUCAUAUUGACUCGAUUAAUAAGGCCCUGUGCGCGGUUCAACUCAGGUAUCAGAAUUUGACUGAGGAGAAAGUUUCUAUCCCUUUUAAUGAGACGAACUUUCAUUUGACGGAUCGUUUGUAUGAAAUCGUCAGCGAUCCCUCAAUUCACUUCUUCCAUGCCAUUGCCGGAGAAUUUUUCUCACAGCUCGGAGGGAAACGUCCAAUUUCCACAACAUAUUCAUCAAGUGGAGAAAUCUAUCACACAUACUGCGUAAUUGCAAUGACCUUGCUCAAAGGGUACGUCACAGAGAGUUAUAAUUACCACGACAAUCCCAACGUGCGGCACAGAGAUAAAAAAAUUAAAUUCAUUUCGACGAAAUUUCUCAUGCACGUGCAUAACAUCGCGAAACUCGCGAUAACUGCUCUGAAAAUUGCAUCCCGAGAUAUAACACUUGGGGAGCCCUCGGAGUUUACCCAUGCAAAAGGCUCUCCUUAUGUCGAGCUCAAGUGGUUCGUCAGUCAAAUUAUUGUGAGUGAAGCUAACAUGCAUCCGCAAGGUACUUGCCAGACUCAAUGUGAUUUUUAUAAGGAAUCGAAAUAUUAUCCUUAUGGCUCAACACCAUCCAGCCAAAAGGACGUAUGUCAUGGCACAAUGUCUCAAUGCCGUCACCAACGUCUGGGGUGGGUUUGCCCAGCAGACGAGUCGAGUUUGAGGCGUUACGCGGGGAUAAAAAGCUCCAGGAGAGAGCCUUGGCGAUCUCUGGGGAAUACUGACAACUGCUCCAGAGGUGAUGAAAAGCAUACUUUUGAUAUGUACGAGGCAAUACCUAAUUGGUUCACCAGGUGCUUGGUGUGUACAUGCAUUUGCGAUGAGCACAAAAAUCCAGAGACAAUUCGGACGUUCAGUUUGCAAGAGGUCGAGACGAAUAUAGCGGAGAAUAUGGUCAUAACUGGACUGCGAUUGGUAGAAAUAAAUGGAACCAUUCACAUUCAAAGGCAGGAGGGGAAAUUGAAGGGUCUCUAUGCCGUGGAAUCCCCGAGCUGGAUUCCUGUUGACGCUUCCAUUAAGAGGAAUAAAAAAGGAUGUAUUAAGGAAUCUUUUACACUUCGUUUUCCGGAUCGGGCAAUUGUUCAUUUAGACACUAUUAGUACUCGGGAUGAAUUUGUUAUUGAUCGUCUCACGAGCAAUGAUCCAAAUUAUACAAUUUCAGCAGUACCUUAUUUUUUGACAGGAGUUAAAUUUGGAAAUGAUAACGGGCGUUUGAAUUUCGGUAUCAAACUUACUGCUUGGGAUGCUAAGACACAAAAAUUGGAGAACAUUAGAUUUGAUAACUGGAUUUUUAAUCAAGAAUCUUCCAGUAGGAAAGAAAUUAAUUUAGAAAACUCCGAUAUUCCAACUAAGACGAGAGACAAUGUCGAAGCUGAAGGUCCUCGUUAUCUCAUGUUCCAAACAACUGAUAACGUGAAAGAUUUUGGACAAACUACGGUGCCGUUCCUCGACUUCCGGGAAGUUGUCUCAUGCCCUCCAAUGCCGUUAUCAGGUGCUGGACUCUUCUACAAGGGAAAACCAGGAUACGGUGGAGUAAUUGGUCUCAAACUUGUCUCUAUGGACUUUUCUCCAUUUGUCGCAACAGAAUUGAUGGAUGAGGAGAACUAAUUAUUGAUGUGCAUUCCAUAUCCAAGUGCUUCACGUGAAUGUCCAGAGCAAACUCUCGAGAAAACCGAAAUUUCCUUCAACUUCUGGCCAGAGAUCUUGUUUAAAUCAAUUUCACCCCUUCCAAAAUAAAAAAAAUGUUCUCUCUAGUUAUCGAAAAACUUCUCCUUCCUUAUGAAUAUUGAAAAUUGG